AUGCAAAGUUUGAUUAACGAAGUUAAUCAUUUAAAAUCUGGUAAAUCAAUGAUAUCUAAAGAACAUAUUGAUAAUAAUGAAUUUGAAACUGCUAGAACAACUGGAUCUAAAAAACAUAUUGAUAAUGAUGAAUUUGAAACUGCUGAGACAACUAGGUUUAAAGAACAUGUUGAUAAUGAUGAAUUUGAAACUUCUGGAACAACUAGGCUUUCUUAUACAAUAGAUAAUAUGGGGUUGAUAACCUUGAUACUAUUGGAGCUGCUGAAGCUACUAAACCUACAGAAUCUCCUUAUAAUAUUUGUACAACCACUACAACUGAUAACGCUGGCCCUAAUAAUCGAAAGG